UCCAGCACAAUAAAGAUGGCAAUCAAGGUUUUCAUUCUAUUCGCUUUCGUGGUCGGUGUCCUCAGCAGUUCUCCACCAUCCUACAAGGUUCCUGCCCCAUCUUAUAACGCUCCUGCUCCCACGGGACCAGCUCAGUACGACUUCAACUACGCAGUGAAUCAUGAUUACUCGAGUAACGACUUCGGCCACCAAGAGAAUCGAAAUGGAUACGACACUCAAGGAGCUUACUUUGUACUGCUUCCCGACGGCCGUGUACAGAGGGUGUCGUACACCGUGAACGGCGACGCUGGAUACGUGGCCCAAGUUACGUACGAGGGAGAGGCCCAAUACGGCGCCCCAAGACCUUCCACUUCCUACCAGCCUGCUCCUGCUUACGCUUAAUCCUAUGAAUUGAGUUACCCUGAAUCUAUUGGAGUUGACAAUAUGAUACUUAUUUAUUAUCUGCAUGGCUAAUAUCUGAAAUGUUUUACAUAAAAUAAA